CACACGCACACACACACACAUACACACAAACACACACACACACACAGACACACACACACACACACACGCACGCACACACACACACAAACAGACACAGACACACACACACACACACACACACACACACCCUUCUCUUUUGUGUUACUCUCCGCUCUGCUCUCUGUGUGUAACAAUGUCUGAUUUGGAGAACUGCCUGAACACCAUCAUUCACAUCUUCCACAAAUACUCAGAGCGAGAAGGAGACAAGCACACACUGAAGAAGAGCGAGCUGAAGGAACUGCUCACACAUGAGCUGCCAUCAUUCACUCAGCAUAUAAAGGACCCGUCCUCAUUUGACUCUCUGAUGGAGGGUCUGGACACUGACGGAGACGCUGAGUGCGAUUUCCAGGAGUUCAUGACCUUCGUCACCAUGGUGACCAUCUGCUGCCACGAGUUCUUCGAGCACCACCAUGAGGACGAAUGAGAUGGAGAGAAACGCCAGCGCUGGAAAUGAAAAGAGAUUUUAUUAUUAGUGUAAUGGAAUAGAAUCACAAUCUGUAACCUAGAUCUUCAUUCAUUCUGUUUCUGUUCUGUUGGGGAUUGAUGCUGAUUAUUUCCUGGAUUUAACUCCAUUAAACUGGUUUCACUGGUUUUUACUGAGAGGCUUUAGCUGCCUGUAACUAGUUCUUAGUGGGUUUGACUGAUUUGUACUGGUUUUUGACAAGUUAUGACUGGGUCUGUUUUGGCUUGUGCAGUUUGACUGGUUUCAUCUGGGUCUGACUGGUUUUAUUUGGCUCUGACUGGUUUUAUCUGGCUCUGACGGGUUCUGACUGGUUUUAUUUGGCUCUGACUGGUUUUAUCUGGCUCUGACGGGUUCUGACUGGUUUUAUUUGGCUCUGACUGGUUUUAUCUGGCUCUGACUGGUUUUAUCUGGGUCUGACGGGUUCUGACUGGUUUUAUCUGGUUCUGACUGGUUUUAUCUGGCUCUGACUGGUUUUAUCUGGCUCUGAUGGGUUCUGACUGGUUUUAUUUGGCUCUGACUGGUUUUAUCUGGCUCUGAUGGGUUCUGACUGGUUUUAUCUGGUUCUGACUGGUUUUAUCUGGCUCUGACUGGUUUUAUCUGGGUCUGACGGGUUCUGACUGGUUUUAUCUGGUUCUGACUGGUUUUAUCUGGUUCUGACUGGUUUUAUCUGGCUCUGACUGGUUUUAUCUGGCUCUGAUGGGUUCUGACUGGUUUUAUUUGGCUCUGACUGGUUUUAUCUGGCUCUGAUGGGUUCUGACUGGUUUUAUCUGGUUCUGACUGGUUUUAUCUGGCUCUGACUGGUUUUAUCUGGCUCUGAUGGGUUCUGACUGGUUUUUCUGGAUCUGACUGGUUUUGGAUGAAUUAUCCUGGAUUUAUUUCAAUAAUAAAUCAGUUAGUUCUGACUGGGUUGUUCUGACUAGUUUAAUUCAUUUGUACUGAGUGGUUUUAACUGGUUUAACUGGUUUUAAAUUUCUGCUGAUUGUUUUUUGCCAACUGUAUCUGAUAACUAACCAUAUUUUCUAACUGUUAUUUAUUUUUAUGAAAAUUAAAUAAACAAAAUGAAUGUAGACUGGAACAUGUAAUACCACAAAAAACUGUCCCUAAAACGAAUGAAUUUUAGUAAUAUUUCAUAUUUCUGUGUGCAACAUAAACAGCUCACAGACAUAACAGACUCAAAUCUGUAUCACAAAUUGAUAAAUAAAUAAAUUGGCAAAUCACACCAUUAAUUUAUUUAAUUAGAAUAAAAAUCAAAUAAAACAUUAAACUAAAUUUAUAAAGAUAUUAUUUUGUGGCUGUGUUGAAGACUGAAUUGUUCAUGUUUACCUUUAGCUCUGUGAGACGCUAAUGCUAACCGACACCAGCUAACUGACUUAGCAUGACUGCUACAAUCAUGUCACUAAUAACAGAAGCUGGUAACUGAUAAUAAAAAUGAUUUCAAUA